CUUCUUCUCUCUCGCUUCGGAGCUAAGUUAGGGUUUUUUGCUUAGACGAAUUUAGGGCUUUUCGAGAUCCGCGGCUUUUCGUGUUGGGUUUAUACACGCAUAAAGAGAUGAACGAUCGCAAGAGAGAUAACGGCGAGAACGAGCUCAGCUCCCAUGGCGUAUCCCUCAAGAAGACUAAGCAAGAACCGGAAUCUUUAUCAGACGGUGUAAGAAGCAAUUUGAAGCCAUGCACCAAGUUUUUCAGCACUGUUGGGUGUCCAUUGGGCGAGAACUGCCACUUCCAGCAUGACAUUCAUGGUGGUUAUGAUGCUGUGGCCCAGAUGAUGAAUCUCAGUCCGUCCAUCUCUCCAGUGAGAAAAACGGCGACCACAGCCUCCAUUGCAGAUAGCUCGACUCCCAGGACGAAAACCCGCAUGUGCGCCAAUUAUAACACUGCUGAAGGAUGUAAAUAUGGCAAUAAAUGCCGCUUUUCUCAUGGUGAACGGCAACUGACAGGUGAGCGCCUUCCCCGUAGAAUGGAUGCGAAACCACCUGCAGGACCUGCUUCCGGUUUCGGAGCUUCUGCCACUACGAAGAUCAGUAUAGAAGCAUCAUUAGCUGGAAUCGUUAUAGGGAAGGGUGGCAUGAACUCCUGUCUGAUAUGUCGAGGAACAGGUGUGAAGCUACGUGUUCGGGAUCACGACAGAGACCCAACUCUGAAGAACGUAGAGCUCAAAGGCACGUUUGAACAGAUUUCAGAAGCGAGUGCAAUGGUGAAAGAGCUUAUAAGUGCUCGAGCUUGGCCUGAAAGGAAUUUCAAGGCAAAGAUGUGCAAAAACUUCGCCAAGGGGGCCUGCUCCUUCGGGGAGCGAUGCCACUUCGCUCACGGUGAAUCCGAACUUCGGAAGCGGCUUGGAACCGUGAAGAGGUAACUGUGAUAGUUUUGGCAAAGAUCUUUAAUGGGUUUCAUAUUCACAGGUAAAGGCUUGAGUGUAUUUUAGGUUAUAUGAUUUCAUUACAAGGGUCUUGAGGGCAUAAAGGAUAAGAUCAUGAUGGUUCAUGAAAGGCCUUAUUUUUGGCACACUUCAA